AUGGAGAUCAAGUACGAGUACUCGCGGAAGCGCAGCGAGUUCGGCCGCCCCUGCAGCUUCUCAGACCUCCUGGCCGAGGUGACCGUGGACAUCCCGCCCGACCCCACCCUGGCCGAGGACUUCAUCCCCCAGGACCCCGUGGACUUUGGGGUGCAGGAGGGUCCUGUCCUGGCCAUGCACGAGGUGAACACAGAGCGGGCUCAGGUGUCCAUCCGGGGUGUGAACCACGUGGAGGGCGGCUGGCCCAAGCACGUGGACCCCAAGAACCCGGAGCUGACCACCCGCUACCGGGAGGAGGUGGAGAGGGAAGAGGUCUACACCAAGACUGUCCAGCGCCUCGGCUUCGUGGUGGAGCACUACAUCAGGCAGAACAACACCAUCGACAUCUACGAGGAAUAUUUUGAGGAGGAAGAGGAGGAAGAGGAGGAGGAGGAGCAUCCCUCAGCCAAAACCAUCAAUGUCAUCAGGGACCCCAACAACCCCAGGAGGAUGGCCACACACCUCUCCUGGCACCCCGACGGCAACCGGGCCGUGGCCGUGGCUUAUUGCAGCCUGGACUUCCAGGACAGCAGGAAGGACCUGAACUCUGAUUCCUACGUCUGGGAUCUGGAAAAACCCUAUGCCCCAGAGCUCACCCUCAAGCCCUCGUCCCCUGUGGUGACCCUGGAGUACAAUUCCAAGGACUGGUAUCACAUGCUGGGAGGCUGCUACAACGGGCAAAUAGUGUAUUGGGACACCAGGAAAGGGGGGCUGCCCGUGGAGAUGACCCCUGUGGAGUUCAGCCACAGGGACCCCGUGUACGGGGCGUGCUGGCUGCCCUCCCGAACGGGCACCGAGUGCUUCUCAGGCUCCACUGAUGGACAGGUCCUGUGGUGGGACAUCCGCAAGAUGUCACAGCCCAGCGAGAGGCUGGUCUUGGACAUCAGCCGGCAAGAUCAGCUGAAGGACGCUCUGGGUGCCAUCUCCCUGGACUUUGCACCCAUCCUGCCCACCAAGUUCCUGGUGGGCACAGAGCAGGGCAUCAUCAUCUCCUGCAAUCGUGAUGCCAAGACACCACCCGAGAAAAUCGCCAACAUCUUCAGAAGCCACAUUGGGGCUGUCUACAGGGUGACCAGGAACCCCUUCUUCCCCAAAGUCUUCCUGUCAGUCGGUGACUGGACUGCUCGGAUCUGGACGGAGGAGCUCAUGGAUUCAUCAUCAAUUAUGGAGACCAAGUACCACAGCUCCUACCUGAUGAACGUGUGCUGGAGCCCCGUGAAGCCGGCCGUGUUCUUCACUGUCAGGUCGGACGGCGUCCUGGACAUCUGGGACUUCCUCUUCCACCAGAAGGCGCCUUCCCUCAGCCUCAAGGUGUCCAACGAUCCCCUGCUCAGCCUGUGCUCGCAGGACAACGGGCGCAUCAUCGGCUGCGGCACCAGGAUGGGCAAUGUCUCCCUCCUGGAGAUCUCCCCGGGGCUCUGCACCAUCCGGAAGAACGAGAAGACCCUGACCUCCACAAUGUUCGAGCGGGAGGCGAGGCGGGAGAAGGUCCUGCAGGACAAGUACAAGGAGCGGCUGCUGCGGGAGCAGGAGCGCCUGCGGGCCCAGCCCGAGCAGCAGGAGGAUCCAGUGCAGACCUUCAAGCAGGCCCAGGAAGAUUUCCUCUCCAGCAUCAAGGCCGAGCGGCGGAGGAGGGGACUGGAAGUGCCUGGAGAGGAUGAAGAGGGGGCGGCAGCUGCACAGGAGCAAAGCUAG